AUAUUUAUUUAAUUAAUUAGUAUUAUUUUUAUUUUUCUGAAAAAAAUCUCUAUAAUAUAAUAUAUAAGCCUAAUGAGUUAGAUGGUUCAAUUCACCAGCUAGUGUUAAUUUCCCGCCAACGUCGAAAUGCCUCCAAUCAACUCCGAUGACUAGCUUUUCGGGGUUAGGCGGCGGCUUCCGAUAUCAUCGCUAGUGUUAAUUUCCGAUAUAUAAGCCUAAUGAGUUAGAUGGCUCAAUUCACCAGCUAGUGUUAAUUUCCCGCCACCGUCGAAAUGCCCCCAAUCAACUCCAAUGACUAGCUUUUCGGGGUUAGGCGGCGGCUUCCGAUAUCAUCGCCGGUUGCCGACGUCGUUUUCGUACCCAUUUCUUUCUCUCAUUCAUACUCGCUCUUCAAUUCCGUCUCACAAACACAAACCCGCCACCAAUUGGAACAUAACUCACGCCCUUGUUCAAGCUAAUCCACUCCUUUCUCUUCUUGAAUGUUCUAAAUCCAUUUCUCACUUGAAGCAAAUCCAAGCUCGGAUGACAAUCACUGGUUUGAUCACUGACCCGUUUGCUUCCAGUCGCCUUAUCGCCUUUUGUGCGCUGUCUCAAUUGAGAAAUCAUGAUUAUGGCACUAAAAUUUUGUUCAACACGGAGAACCCAAAUGUAUUUUCUUGGAAUGUAAUGAUUAGAGGGUAUUUGGAGAGUGAAUCACCGUGGGAGGCAGUUGUUUUGUAUAAGAGGAUGCUGGGAGAUGGUGGGUCUCGGCCGGAUAAAUUUACUUAUCCUUUACUGCUCAAGGUUUGUGCUUUGUUGCAGUCGAGUUUGAUGGGGUUUCAGGUUCUUGGACAUGUAUUGCAGCUGGGUUUUUGUUUUGAUUUAUUUGUUCACAAUGCUAUGAUUCACAUGCUUGUUUCAUGUGAAGAAUUGGAUGAAGCACGCCAACUGUUUGAUGAAAGUUUUGUUAGAGAUUUGGUUUCUUGGAAUUCUUUGAUUACUGGGUAUGCUCGGGCUGGACUAGCAUCUGAGGCGUUAAGGUUGUAUCAGGGCAUGGAAGCGGAUCGAGUUAAGCCGGAUGAAGUAACAAUGGUUGGGUUGGUUUCUUCUUGUGCCCAACUUGGGGAUCUGAAUAAAGGGAGAGAAUUUCAUCGGCUUAUUGAAGUAAUUGGAUUGAAUUUAACUGCCCCUUUGGGUAAUGCACUUAUGGAUAUGUAUGUGAAGUGUGGUAAUCUUGAAUCAGCUCAAAAAAUAUUUCAUGGUAUGGUGAAUAAAACUAUUGUCUCAUGGACUACAAUGAUAGUUGGUUAUGCCAAGUUUGGGUUUUUUGAUGUUGCUCGAGAGCUUUUGUAUGAAAUGCCAGAGAAGAAUGUUGUGCCAUGGAAUGCAUUGAUUAGUGGAUAUGUCCAAGCAAAGCGUGGUAAAGAGGCACUAGCUCUGUUUUAUGAGAUGCAGGCUAGUAACAUAAAGCCUGACGAGAUUACCAUGGUUGGAUGCUUAUCAGCAUGCUCACAACUUGGAGCACUUGAUAUUGGAAUGUGGAUUCAUCGUUAUGUUGAAAAACAUCUCAUUUCUUCCUACGUUUCCUUAAGAACUGCUCUAGUUGACAUGUAUGCCAAAUGUGGAAACAUCACAAAGGCACUUCAGGUGUUUCAGGAGAUGGCAGAAAGAAACUCCUUGACUUGGACGGCUAUCAUUUGUGGUUUAGCUGCUCAUGGCCAAGCGCAUGAUGCUGUUUCUUACUUUGAAAAGAUGAUUGAUACAGGGUUGGUGCCUGAUGAUAUAACAUUUAUUGGGGUCUUAUCCGCUUGUUGUCAUGGAGGUUUAGUUGAAGAGGGCCGCAAAUAUUUUUCCCAAAUGAGCUCCAGAUUUCAUCUUUCCCCUAACCGUAAACACUACUCCUGUAUGGUUGAUCUUCUUGGCAGAGCUUGCCUUUUGGAAGAGGCUGAAGAGCUUAUCAAGUGCAUGCCAAUCAAGGCAGAUGCUGUAGUUUGGGGUGCAUUGUUUUUCGCUUGUCGUAUGCAUAAAAAUAUUACAAUAGGAGAAAGAUCAGCUUCUAAGCUUCUUGAGUUGGAUCCUCAUGAUAGUGGGAAUUACAUCCUGCUUGCAAGUAUGUAUGUGGAAGCAAAUAUGUGGGAGGAGGCAGCUAAGGUACGGAAAAUGAUGAAGGACAGAGGAGUGGAGAAGACUCCUGGUUGUAGCUCAAUUGAGGCUAAUGGCAUUGUUCAUGAGUUUACCGUUGGAGAUCAUUUACAUCCUCAAUCCAAACUAAUAUAUGACUUCUUAGUUUUGUUAACAAGAGAAAUAGAGACUCUUAGUUCUGAACCAGAUUAUCUUACAUUCAGGGAUAGCUUUAUGCUUGGUUCAGAUUUUGGCUAAUGGAUUCUUUUAGUAGUUAGCGCAAGAAGCUCAUUUUACCAUAUUAGCAGAUGGAAAAUGUAAGAAGGAAGAAGAGUGUUGAAGGAUGCAGUGAUUAGAAUGGUGAAGAGGUGUCCAUAGAGUGCAUUUUAAAGGAACACUUAAAUCUUUUUAUCUGUCUGUCAGAAUAUGAACCCUCAGAAAUUGUUUCUCUUUCCUUUAUGACUAUGAAAUCUUUCAUCAUUCCCCAUGAUGCAGGUGUUUUAACAGGAAACCUAUAAAUUAUCCCUUGAACUAUUUUCAAAAGGAGAUCUUAUGACUCAGCAAAGGGAAAUCUUCAGGCCGAAGGUGCUGGGGAAAGUCGGCAUGUGUGUUUAUGGAUUUGCUGUCUACAAUCUUAGCCAUCUCAGCCAUGCCCAAGCUGCCAUUAGUUUCCAUGUCCUCUACAGGUCUCACAUAUAUACAGCAUUUGGACUAUGAAGUCACAAUGUACGCAAUUGCAAUGAUGUUGAUGACAAGAUUAUUCAUCGGGCAAAUGAGAUUGGGUAAGAUCCAUUAAGUUUAAGUAAUUGUUAUUGCUAAGAAUACCUUCCUGACAUGGAUGCUCUUCAGUGUCUCCUGGAUUUAAUAUCUCUGGUAUCUAUUUUUCUGAUCAUAUUAAUCAUAAAUUAAACACCCAAACACCUACCCCAUACAUAGACACGUAAAAGAGAAAAGGAUUUCAGUAUCAAUUAGGGGUGCUUUCUCAUAUUUGUGAUGAUCUGUUUUAUUUUAAUUUUUUUUUCUUCAUAUUUUGCAGAUUAUCAACAAUGACUUUGCAUAUGCAGUUGAUGAAGUAUUCUUUGCUGUUGAUAAAUUCCCAAAUUAUGGUUAAUUGUCUUGACAAAAGUUUGAAAAUAAGAGAGCUGGUGGCUCAACGCUCUCAAUCGUACCUUUGCGUCCUCUAAAUUUACUAUUAUCUCUGUUUAAGUUGCUGCUAUCAGUAGUAUAGAGAAGAAGAUGAAGAAGAAGAAGUUAUUAUUGACCCUACCUUUAGGGAGGCACUUGACACCAUUUUGAAUGUUCCAGCCGCUCAAGAGUCCAUACAUGCACAAAAGGAGUCAAAUGGCGACAAAGAUUUAGUUUUUUUAGGUAGCCACAGUCAAGAACAACACAUAAAUAGUCUCUCAAGUAUUCAAACUCUUUUCUCAAAGCACUUGAGUUUUCACUCUUUUCUCAAAGCCCCAAUACACCCAAUCUCACAAAGAAGGCACAAGUUGUUCUCUUUUUGAAUGUAACCCAAUGAUAUCUCUUCCAAAAGAAAAGAAGAGAGCUAUAUAUAGAGGCUGACUUACCAUUUCAGGUAAGUCCUUUUUUACCCAACUUAACAGGUUACUAUAUAAGGAAAGUGACAAUCUUGAGUUCUUGAUCAUAACUGGAUUUGGAUGAUUAAUCCAACAAUAAGCAGUUAACUCAGAACUGCUUAUUUGAAAGCUUCAACAGUGGCCAUGAACUCAGCUUCUGUAAUGGAUAAGGCAACCACAGCUUGUAGUUGUACUUUCCAACUUACACAAUUCAUGUUAGUAAAAAAACACACAAGAAGUUAGUGAGCUUAUAUUAUCUUUGUUUGAAGCAGAAUCUCUGUCUACAAAACCAAUAAGAGUAGUACAACCAGAAACUCUAUCAUAAAUCAAGCCAUACUUGGAAGUACCAUUCAAGUAUCUCAGUAACCAUUUGAGAGAAAUCCAAUGCUUCAUUCCCAAAUUUGACAUAAAUUUAUUGAGCACACUUAGAGCAUGGACCAAGUCAGGCCUUGUGCUAACCAUAACAUGUACGAGGCAUCCUAAGCCAUACCUUAUGGAAUGCUUUCCAUCUUCUUUUAAUAUGCAUCAAUUGACAAUUUGAAAUGGCCUGCAAGUGGGAGUGGGACAAAAUGUGCUCUUGGCAUCUUCCAUAAUGAGUUUUCUUACAACUUGAUCAAUGUAACUAGACUGUCUUAAUAUCAUUUUCCCUUCAGACCUAUUUCUGAAUCAAACAUAAGGAUCUUCCUAGUUGGAUUGAGGUCUUUCAUUUCAAAUUCUUGGUUCAGUUUCCUCUUGAUAUCUCUUAUAACAUACAUUUGUUCCAUCACAAGGGUUAGUUGCACAAUUAUUGUUAGCACAAGUCUUGAUUGUUUUGUACUUUACUAUAAGUGAGAAAAUGCUGUAUAGUCAAUGGGAAAUUUGACUUUUUAUGCUUAAUGGUGUGCUGUAAUUCAAAAUAAUGCUAGGCAUUUUUAUCAUUACAAAAUAAUGCAAAA